AUGUAUUAUAUUAAUCUUGUAGAUGAUGUGACAACUAAAGACAAGGAUAGGAUUGCUCAACCCGGACCGUGCAGCAUUAAUGUGGAGGAUGGAUCCUUGAGUCAGGAAGACUUUAUAAAGAAAUAUGCAUACUCUGAGCCAGUAGUCAUCAAGGGAGCAACAGAUAAUCAGGUGUUUCAGACUCUCACUCGCCGUUCAGCAUUAUUGGAGGGCUAUGGGCAUACAACUGUACGUUUGAGCUCAGCCAAUAGCUAUAGCUAUGACAAAAAAGAUGUUACAUUCAAUGAAUACUGUGUUCGCCAUGUCCAUCCUCAAAAAUUAACUACUCUUGGGAAUGAGACUUUUUACUUCUUUGGUGACAACAAUCAUGAGGAGUGGCAAGACCUUUUGGAGCAGUAUAUACAACCUCCCUAUAGAUUACCCUAUCAUUUGCCAGCAUUGAGUUUUGGUCUUGCAGGUCCGGGCACUGGUGUUCCCUUUCAUUUCCAUGGGCCAGGAUUUGCAGAGACCAUGUGGGGACGAAAAAGAUGGUUCAUGUACCCUCCUAAUGUGAACCCAAACUUCCAUCCUAAUCGCACAACAUUGCAGUGGUUGAUGGAAGACUAUCCGCUUAGAAAAGAUGAUCCUAAUUUGUAUGAAUGUACACUUAACCCUGGAGAGAUUAUUUAUUUUCCUGACAAGUGGUGGCAUGCAACUCUCAACAUUGACAGCAGCGUUUUUAUAUCAACUUUCCUCAGUCCAUAAUCUUCGUAUUGAAAAGAAAUGGGAUAUGGUAAAGGUUUAAUUAGUUUAUACCCCAUAGCAUUUUAAAUGCAGACUCUCCUAAGAUGCAUUAAUGUCUACUUUCAUAAAUAUAAGACCACACAUUCCAUAGAAAGGACAAUUAAAUUUGCCAACUUGAUGUGUCCUCUUUGCCAUUUCUUUAUUCAUUAAAAGAAAUCUAGAUUUAGGUUCAUGUUCAGUAUCAUACAAAAUUUCUUAAUAGCAUGUAUGUGAAAACAAUUUAAUUAUUUUUUGUAUUUAUGAUCUGGCUUACUUUGACCUUUUUGUAUCAUUCAAGGGUAUUGUGACUUUGGACAGAUAUUUCAUUUUUCUUAUAACCAUGGUAAUACAAAUCUAAUGUAAGUCAGGUUGAAUCUUUUCUUGAAAGUGUAUACAUAUAAACUAUAUGGAAAUGCUCUUUCUAUAUUCAAUGUAGGAUAGUGCUGAGUUAUUUAUUGUAACUUAUUACAGGUUUUAUCAUGACUGACAGUUCAUAUCUAUAAUAGAACUGGCUCUGGAAAACUUAAGAUUGUGUACUUUUAGGAAUAAUGGAUAAAGUAUCAGGAGACAGAAGAACAUUUGUUUAGAUAAACAUAUACUGUAUGUAUUUGUGUAUUGGGGACCUGAUAAAUUGUCAAGUAGUCAACUAUAUUUUAACUAUGUUUUAAAGAUAAAUCUAAUACUAAACUAAAGGUUGCAUACUAUUUAUAAUUAAAUUAUAAAUUUGCAUAAAGUAGACAGGUUAAAAAAUCGUCUGCAUAUACUAUGGCUGUGAAAUUAAACUGUAUGAAAAGAUUGAAAUAUUUUUUUUUUAAAGAUUAUUUGCUGUUUUUGUGGUGAUGGUGAACCUUUAUAGUACAGUUGAAUUACUGAAAUGAUCUUGGCUAAAUAUUUGUCACAAACCUUUUAUAAAGACAAGUAGUUUUGUAAACAUGUUUUUUAAUGUCGGGGACAAACCUUGUGGGACCAAUAUUGCUAUUUGAAUUCUAUUUUUUCUUAUUCUCUUUGUUAUAUUUCACCUAAUAGGAAUUGUAAUUUCUAAGAAAACUUCAUUUAAAUAAGUACUAAUGAAAUGUUCCUGAAGUGUUGGUUUAUUUUCUUGAUCACUGUUUUGCAGUGUAUAAUUCUAUUUUUUUUCUAGUCAGAUCAAUGUUCCAUAUUUUUGAUUAACAUUGCUGUAUGGUUAUUGGUUCCUAAAUAAAUAUUUUGAACAUU